AUAUUUAUAAAUAAUUAUUAUAAAUAUUUUUUAACUCGAAAUACAAAUACAAUAAAUAUAAUAAAAUAUAAUUCUUUAAUUUUAAUCAUUUUUUUUUCCUCGAAUUUCUCGCGUUUUUCAACUUUAAUUUCCUUAUUUCCUUGGUCUAAAAAAACGCAAAUAACCAUUUAAUAAUUCGUAAUCAUGUACAGAGUCAGUAAUCCCAAUCAGUACUUGGUAAAGACUGGUGCUUUCGUUAAGGAUGUCAAAUUGUUAAAGAAGUCUUUCGUAUUUCCAGGUCAAAGGUCUAUAUUCUUUGACAUAACACCUGCAAACUAUACACUUCAAUUACAAGCUAUGACAACUGAAAAAUUAGAAUUUAAUUUACCGGCUGUAUUUACCAUAGGACCAAAAGAUGAGCCAAAGGCAUUAGAACGCUAUGCAAAAUUAUUAGCAACGAAUGGUAAAAAUAGUGAACAUGUAAAAGAAUUAGUUAGAGGUAUCAUUGAGGGUGAAACGAGAGUUAUAGCUGCUGCUACGACUAUGGAAGAAAUCUUUCAAGAAAGAAAAAGUUUUAAAGAACAAGUUAUUAAAAAUGUUCAAGCUGAAUUGGAUCAAUUCGGUUUAUUCAUUUAUAAUGCUAAUGUUAAGCAACUUCAAGACACUCAAGGCUCUGAAUAUUUUGCUUAUAUGCGUAUGAAAACUCAUGAAGGUGCUGUAAAUAAAGCUAAAGUUGAUGUUGCUGAAGCUAAAUAUAAGGGAGAUGUUGGUGCUAAAGAACGUGAAGGUCUUACACGUCAAGAAACGGCAAAGAUUGAAUCCGACACCGUUAUUAUAGAAAAUGAACGCAAGGUGCAAGUAGCAGAAGCUGAGAUGACUCUAGCAACAAAAAAAUCGGAAUAUGAAAAGAAAAUAAAACUCGCAAGUAUUGAAGCAACUCAAGCUGCAAAAAUGCGUGAAAGUGAAUUACAAAAACAAGUUGAAGAACGUAGAUUAUUAUCAGAAACAGAAAGAUUACGUGUACAAUAUGUUGCCAAAGCUACAGCAGAAUUUGAAGCUUCUAAAGCUGUUGCAAAUGCUAAACUAUAUACCUCACAAAAAGAUGCAGAGGCUCAAUUGUGUUUAAAACAAAAAGAAGCUGAAGGUUCUUUAGCUAUGUAUAAUGCUCAAGCUGAAGGUGUUAAAAAUAUAGUGGAUGCUUUUGGAGGGGAUACCAAUGCUGCUAUACAAUAUUUUAUGAUUGAACAUAAUAUUUACCCACAAUUGGCUAAAGAGAACGCUAACGCCAUUCAAGGUCUUAAUCCAAAGAUUACUGUUUGGAAUACUGGUGGUGAAUCAAGUGGAGAUGGUUCAUUAGGUGUUAUGAAAAAUAUCUUUCAAUCAAUACCCCCACUUUUAAGCACGAUUAAAGAACAAACCGGAAUUACCCCACCUUCUUGGAUGAUUAAUGUACCCAACAAUGAUUCAAGUCUUACCAGCGGCAGUGAUAACAAGUAAUAAAAAUUGAUACCGAAAAUGUCGAAACUUCUCAUUUUUAUUUAUUCAUUUUUUACGAUUAGACUUCGUUGGCUAUUAACAUAAUAUAUUAUACAUAAUGUUAAAUUCGUAUUUUUUUUUUUUAUAAAUAACAUGUAUUUUCGUAUUAUCAAAUAAA